GGCGUCACUGUACGCAAGGAGCGAACGUGGGAUUUUGGUGUCAUACCCUAUGAGAUAGAUACAAUAUUCAGUGGGGCCCACAAAGCGUUGUUUAAACAGGCUAUGCGCUACUGGGAAAACUUUACAUGCAUAAAAUUCGUGGAGCGGGACGAGAAUUUGCAUCCUAACUAUAUAUACUUUACAGUUAAAAGUUGUGGUUGCUGUUCAUUUCUGGGUAAGAAUGGAAACGGACGGCAGCCUAUUUCUAUAGGCCGUAAUUGUGAGAAAUUCGGCAUCAUUAUUCACGAGUUGGGCCAUACUAUAGGUUUUCAUCAUGAGCAUGCACGUGGUGAUAGAGACAAGCACAUUAUAAUAAACAAAUCAAACAUAAUGCGGGGUCAGGCAUACAACUUUGACGUAUUGUCGCCGGAUGAGUUUGAUGAGCCGCUGCUGCCAUAUGAUUAUAACUCCAUAAUGCAUUAUGCUAAGAACUCUUUCUCAAAAAGUUCGUAUUUAGAUACAAUAACGCCUCUUGGUCUACAACCUGGUGCACAAAUCGAGUUAGGCCAACGACGUCGUCUAAGCCGGGGCGAUGUGCUCCAAGCUAAUUUCCUUUAUAAAUGUGCAUCCUGUGGACGCACUUUUCAGCAGAACAUCGGACGUAUUGUAAGUCCGCACUUUUCACAAGCGGAUGUCGGCCAAGUAACUGAGACUGAAGACAGCGAGGGCAGUGGUGAUAUUCAUUUGGGGCUAAGUGCAGUUAAUGCUUCCCACACCAGAUGUGAAUGGCGAAUUACGGCAACCAACGGUGAACGCAUAAUACUUCACCUGCAGCAAUUACGAUUAUUAUUUUCGCACAACUGUACGGAAGAUUAUUUAGAAAUACGUGAUGGCUACUGGCAUCGGUCCCCGCUUAUAUGUCGCCUUUGCGGUAAUUUAAGCGACAAGACUAUUACCACUAAUACCAGCCGUAUGCUCAUCAACUAUGUAAAUAGAAAUGCUGUAAACGGAUUUUGGGGAUUUAAGGCAAAGUUUGAAGUGACUUGUGGAGGGGAUAUUCGGUUAUCCAAUGAUCACUCUAUUGACUCGCCAAACUAUCCAUUAGAGUACAUGCCUAACAAGGAAUGCGUUUGGCGAGUAAUAGCACCAGAAUAUCACCAGGUAGCAAUUAGGUUUACAUUUUUUGAGCUGGAGAGGCAUGACGCUUGUAUUUACGAUUUUGUUGAGCUCCACGAUGGCAGCGACGAGGAGUCUAAGUUAAUUGGGCGGUUUUGUGGCGACAAAUUACCACCUAAUAUAAGAAGUCGUGGGAAUCACAUGUAUAUUAAAUUUGUUUCGGAUGGCUCUGUUCAAAAGUUGGGCUUUUCCGCUUCCCUAAUGAUCGAUGUGGAUGAGUGCAAAUUUAUACAGCAUGGCUGUCAGCACGUCUGUAUAAAUACGUUGGGCAGUUAUCAGUGUGGCUGUUUUGCUGGGUACGAAUUGCAGACUAACGGUAAAACCUGUGAAGAGGCUUGUGGGGGGAUUGUCGACGCUACUCAAAGUAAUGGAACUAUCUACUCACCUUCAUAUCCUGAUGUCUACCCCAAUGCAAAGAAAUGCGUAUGGGAAUUAAUUACAGCACCACAUCAAGCUUUAUUUCUUAAUUUUACGCAUUUUGAUUUAGAGGGUACAAAGCUGCAAUAUAGCAAAUGCAGCUUUGACUACCUAGUUAUAUAUUCAAAAAUGCGAGAUAAUAGGCUUAAAAAGAUUGGGAUAUUCUGCGGAAACGACCUGCCGCCAAUGGUGAACUCAGAUCAAAAUAUUCUUCGCCUAGAGUUCUACUCCGAUCGUACUGAGCAACGUAGUGGCUUUGUAGCACAAUACAUAGUUGAUGUGGAUGAAUGUACCCAAAACAAUGGGGGCUGUCAACACAAAUGCCAUAACACAUAUGGAAACUAUCAGUGCAGUUGUCGUAAUGGCUAUACAUUGAACAAGGAUGGACACAAUUGCACAGAGACCACGUGCAAGUUUGAAAUUUCUUUGUCCAAGGGGAUAUUGCAAAGUCCAAAUUAUCCAAACGAAUAUGCACGUAAUAUAUAUUGCUAUUGGCAUUUUCAGACAGUACUGGGCCAUCGAAUACAUUUAACAUUUGACGACUUUGACAUAGAGAACCAUCAGGAGUGUAUAUACGACUAUGUGGCUAUCUAUGAUGGCAGUUCUGAAAAUAGCUCAACCCUGGGGGUCUACUGCGGCGGUCGGGAGCCAUAUGUUGCUAUUUCAUCUACCAAUGAGAUGUUUAUGGUGCUUAAAACUGACGCAGGUUUGCAACGAAGGGGCUUCAAGGCAACGUUUGUGUCCGAGUGUGGAGGUUACUUGCGCGCAACGAAUAACUCGCAAGUUUUCUAUUCACAUUCACGAUUUGGUAGUCGACCAUAUAAGCGAAACAUGUACUGUGACUGGCGAAUUGAAGCUGAUUCAGAUAGCAGCGUUAAAAUCAAGUUUCUGCAAUUUGAAAUCGAAUAUGGAGAGCACUGUGAUUAUGAUUUUCUCGAGAUAACUGAGGAAGGCAAUGCAAUGAAUACUAUCCAUGGACGUUUUUGUGGCAAGCGCAAGCCACCAAUCAUUGUUUCCAACUCGGACACACUUCUGCUAAGAUUCCAAACAGACAAAAGCAUUUCGUUGCGAGGUUUUGCGAUAUCUUUCAUGGCUGUUGACCCCCCUGUGGACGAUGCUGGAGAAAGCUUAGAAAGUGCGACGCCUUUUCCUGGCUAUUUUAAGAAUAUGUUUUCCGAGACGGAAAAAGUCUGA